AUACAACGUCGGAGAAUUAUUUUUCUUUCUUCUUCGAUCUCUUCUCUUCUCUGAAGAAAACUUUGAAAUUCAAAGACAAUGGGAUGCCCGAUUUAAAAAAAAAACAAUCUAGGCUUUCUAAUUUUGGGGAAAAUUAAACAAAUCGAAAUUUUCAAUUCCCUUGUUUGAUUCUCCUCUAAGACCAAACGCUGCUUCUGCUUGUCCAUAAGAGCAGGAGCUGUUGUGCUGACGGGCAUUGUGUUUUGGCUAGUUAUUCGUUCCUUACAAAUACUCAUUUGAUCUGGUUUAGCAGCUGAGUUAUAAGGAAUUGUCCGAAAAGUGCAAUCAGCUGGGUAGAGGCGAAGCUCGAUCUUCUGAGAAACUAGAAAAAGCUUUGGGAAAGAUAGAUAAACUAAAGAUCUAAGUGUAGCGAUGAGGAAAGAGGAGAUCCCGGAUAAAACUCGGACAAUCCAGGUCGAUCCGAAUCUGCCGAAAUGGGUCUGCCAAAACUGUCACCACUCCCUUACCAUCGUCGGCGUUGAUUCCUACGCCGGCAAGUUUUUCAAUGAUUCCCCUCAUUCCGCAAUGCAGGGCUCCUCCAUCCAUGGAGCUAACAGUGUUCUUGGUUCAACACGCAUGGACAACUCUUUUGUUGUCUUACCUCGUCAGAAGCCUCCAGCUCAGGGCAUUCCUCCACGUCCUCGUGGGGCGUCAGCUCAGCCUGAUGCAACUCAAUCUGGAAAGGCAAUGGAAGAAUCGUUUGUAGUCGUGUACAAGUCUGAGCCAGCUUCUGAUUCAGGCGGUUCUCAUAAUCUGUCGCUUGAAGUGGGCCAAAACGGUCCAUUGCAUUCAAAUAAUUCCGGCUUUAAUGCUACUAUCAAUGUCUUAACACGAGCUUUCGAUAUUGCCAGAACUCAGACACAGGUUGAACAGCCAUUGUGCUUAGAAUGCAUGAGGGUAUUGUCUGACAAACUUGAAAAGGAAGUCGAGGAUGUGACGAGGGACGUGGAAGCAUAUGAAGCGUGUGUUCAGCGGUUAGAAGGGGAGACACAAGAAGUUCUUAGUGAAUCUGAUUUCCUUAAGGAAAAAAAGAAGAUUGAGGAAGAAGAAAGAAAACUUGUUGCAGCUAUAGAAGAAACAGAGAAGCAAAAUGCUGAGGUGAACCAUCAACUGAAGGAGCUAGAAUCAAAGGGAAAUCGAUUUAAUGAACUCGAAGAUCGGUAUUGGCAAGAGUUCAAUAAUUUUCAGUUUCAACUAAUAGCCCAUCAGGAAGAGAGAGAUGCAAUAUUGGCAAAGAUUGAAGUUUCACAAGCACAUUUAGAGUUAUUAAAUAAGACAAACGUACUGAUUGAUGCUUUCCCCAUACGAUAUGAUGGAGAUUUUGGUACAAUUAACAACUUUCGACUUGGAAUACUCCCUGACAUAAAGGUUGAGUGGGAUGAGAUCAAUGCUGCUUGGGGCCAAGCCUGUCUUCUCCUCCACACAAUGUGUAACUAUUUCCGGCCAAAAUUUCAAUGUCGAGUUAAAAUACAGCCAAUGGGGAGUUAUCCUAGGAUUGUAGACAGCAACAACGAAACUUAUGAGCUGUUUGGUCCCGUAAACUUGUUUUGGAGUACUCGGUACGAUAAAGCCAUGACACUGUAUUUGAUGUGUCUUAAAGACUUUGCCGAUUUCGCAAACUCAAAGGACCAAGAAAACAAUAUUCCACCAGAGAAAUGCCUCAAACUUCCAUUCAAGAUCGAUAAUGACAAAGUGGAGGCAUAUUCAAUAACACAGAGCUUCAACAAGAAAGAGAGUUGGACCAAAGCACUGAAGUAUACUCUCUGCAACCUCAAAUGGGCUCUCUACUGGUUCGUUGGAAACACCAAUUUCCAACCUCUCUCUGCUACUGUCUCUUUACCUUCUAAUGUAUCAGCGGCUGGUUCCUUGUACGCCAAGCGAGGUCCUGAUUCUAAUAUUAAGCCGUCUGGUAAAAACCAAAGAUACUGAACUAAAAUCAGCUGACUUGUGUGAAUAGUUUACGCAUUUGUGUUAUGAUACAAAUCGAAUAAUAAUAACACUGAUGCUUAUAUAAUCUAUUGUACAUAUACUUAUUUCGUGUUAUUGUAGUAAACUUUUUUAUUUCGUUA